CUUAAUCCUCUCAAAUAGGCUCUUAUAAUUGACCACUAUCCCUUCCCUAGGAAGAUAAUUCACCAAAGUCAGAGGACUCAGCUGAGAUGCUGCUUAAAAGGCCAUUUCCGCAUCUCUACUUGCCCAAGGACUGUGCCCUCCCUGAAAACACAUUCUGUUUAUCACAGCACCAAACUGCUCUCACUAGGGCACCUCAGGGCUCAAUCCAUAGCAACAGGUGAUGAGCUUGAAGCCAGAACAUUACAUCUAUAACUGGACACAUAGUAAUGUGGAAUGGGCUGGAAGAAAUCUCUUCCAGGUCAAGGGUCACUGCUUCUGCUCUAUUACCGGAACUACAUCGGAAUUACCAGAGGUUCCAGUUAAUUCUACAGAUGUAAAACUAAAAUGGACAGCACUCAAGGUACAAAGGUUUUGCUGACUGAAGAGGGAAGAAACGAGGAAGAUAGAGGACAGGGCGAGCCGGCAAUGGGAGCCACAGCAGCAAAAGUGAGAGUAAUAAAAGAAUUAAACAGAGAGGGUCCUGCUGCUGGCACUGCAGGCCUUGUAGAUACAGACGUGAACAAGGAAGAUGGUGGCGCCAACGGAGGCCAGAAGAAUGAGCAGCAACUGAAGGAGCCGAUUCCUGAGCAUGCUGAGGGCAAGAGUGUCCAGUCUGUGCCUAGGCAGGUGCCACGACGUCGACUACGCCAUAGAUUCACCCAGUGGCAGUUGGAGGAACUAGAGAGCAUUUUCAAGGCCAAUUGCUUCCUCAGUGUAGAAGCAAGAAAACAACUGGCCAGAUGGAUGGGUGUGACUGAAGCCAUAGUGAAGAGAUGGUUUCGGAAGAGGAGAGAACAAUACAGGCGAUAUAAGAGGCUAUAAGGUCUCUGAAGUUCUCCUGCUUUCUAGUACAUUUUUCCCUGGCAACU